GGCACUAUCCUAAGUGCUUUACACACAUUACCACAUUUUGUUCUCACAGAAAGGCUCUGAGGUAUUAGCCCCACUUUAAAAUUAGGACAGCCCUCGAAGUUCCCUUUCCAACCUGGGUCUGGCAGAAUGGCUCCUGCAAAGAAGUGUGGUGAGAAGAGGAAGGGCCAUUCUGUCAUGAACGAUGCAGUGACCAGAGAAUAUGCCACUGACAUUCACGAAUGCAUCUGUGGAGUGGGUUGCAAGAGGCGUGCCCCUCAGGCACACAGAGAGAUCCAGAAAUUUGCCACGAAAGAGAUGGGGACCCCAGAUGUGCGCAGUGACACCAGGCUCAGCAAAGCUGUCUGGGCCAAGGGAAUAAGGAAUGUUCUAUACUGUACUCGUGCGCAGUUGUCCAGAAAACAUAACAAGGGUAAAGUUUCAUCCAACAAGCUUCAUAGGCUGGUUACUCAGGUGCCUUUCAAAAGUCUACGGACGGUUCUUAUUGAUGAGGACUAA